GCUGUACAAUUUAAGCGACGAGAAGAUUUGUGGAAAAAAUUAAGCAAUAUAAAGCCAAGUGACAGAAACAAUGCUAACAAUAGUACCAAUUAUUCCGCGUCACUUUCCAUUACAGAUUUCCUUGAUCUAACAAAGCAAUGGUACAGUCGAGAACUUGUUACAAUAAGUCCAGAUUUCAAUGACAUUUUAGAUUUGAAAUUAAAUUGGGUAGAAGUAUUAAAUUUUUUAUCAACAUAUUAUUCUGAAUUGACAAGAGAGUUAUAUGAUGAUACUGAACAUAUUAAGCAUUUAAUAAUAUUUAAUCAACGUAACCAUGAUUUAUUAAUACAUUUCAUUUUACCGCGACAAGAUGAAAAAGAGGCUGAAAUAGGAAAUAAUGAUGUUAAGUUAGUAGUAAAUGCAGUUUGUAAGGAAAACAACCCAAAUUUUGAAGGAUUAGAAUUGCAAUUUGUCGCCGACAUAACCAAAACAAUUGGAUAUUGGAU